GGCCAGGAGGAGUGUUGCGUCGCGGCCUCCAAACACAAAGAGCUGCCGGCUGGACUGGGGUGGUUCCGCGCUCCUGGCCCAGGCGCCUCCCAGCUUGCUAUGGGAUGGAUGAAGAAGAGAACCACUAUGUCUCGCAGCUCAGGGAAGUCUACAGCAGCUGUGACACCACGGGGACCGGCUUUCUGGGCCGCCAGGAGCUGACCCAGCUCUGCCUUAAACUUCACCUGGAGCAGCAGCUACCUGUCCUGCUGCAGACACUUCUCGGAAACGACCAUUUCGCCAGGGUUAACUUUGAGGAAUUUAAGGAAGGUUUUGUGGCUGUGUUGUCAUCAAAUGCUGAUGUUCGCCCCUCAGAUGAAGACAGUAGUUCUUUGGAAUCAGCUGCCUCCAGUGCCAUCCCUCCAAAGUAUGUGAAUGGUUCUAAGUGGUACGGCCGUCGGAGCCGGCCCGAGCUAUGUGACACUGCCACAGAAGCCAGACAUGUGCCCGAGCAGCAAACCCAGGCCAGCCUGAAAAGUCAGCUCUGGCGCUCAGCGUCUCUGGAGAGCGUGGAGAGUCUCAAGUCAGAUGAAGAGGCCGACAGCACUAAAGAAUCUCAGAAUGAGUUAUUCGAAGCACAAGGACAGCUGCAGACCUGGGAUACCGAGGACUUUGGGAGCCCCCAGAAGUCCUGCAGCCCCUCCUUUGACACCCCAGAGAGCCAGAUCCGGGGCAUGUGGGAAGAGCUGGGGGUGGGCAGCCGCGGGCACCUGAGUGAGCAGGAGCUGGCUGUGGUCUGCCAGAGCAUCGGGCUCCGGGGACUCGAGAAAGAGGAACUUGAAGACCUGUUUAACAAACUGGAUCAAGAUGGAGAUGGCAAAGUGAGUCUUGAGGAAUUCCAGCUUGGCCUCUUCAGUCAUGAGCCUGCGCUACUUCUGGAGUCUUCCACUCAAGUUAAACUGAGCAAGCCUUGGUCUCAUUACCAGGUCCCAGAGGAGAGCGGCUGCCACACCACCACGACCUCAUCCCUCGUGUCCCUGUGCUCCAGCCUGCGCCUCUUCUCCAGCAUCGAUGAUGGUUCUGGCUUCGCUUUUCCUGAUCAGAUCCUGGCCAUGUGGACCCAAGAGGGGAUUCAGAAUGGCAGGGAGAUCUUGCAGAGCCUGGACUUCAGUGUGGACGAGAAGGUGAACCUUCUGGAGCUGACCUGGGCCCUUGACAACGAGCUCAUGACAGUGGACAGUGCCGUCCAGCAGGCAGCCCUGGCCUGCUACCACCAGGAGCUGAGCUACCAGCAAGGGCAGGUGGAGCAGCUGGUGAGGGAGCGUGACAAGGCAAGACAGGACCUGGAGAGGGCCGAGAAGAGGAACCUGGAGUUUGUGAAAGAGAUGGAUGACUGCCACUCUGCCCUGGAGCAGCUCACCGAGAAGAAAAUCAAGCAUCUGGAGCAGGGGUACCGGGAAAGGCUGAGCCUCCUGCGGUCUGAGGUGGAGGCAGAGCGAGAGCUGUUCUGGGAGCAGGCCCACAAGCAGAGGGCCGCGCUAGAGUGGGACAUGGGGCGCCUGCAGGCUGAGGAGGCUGGCCUCCGUGAGAAGCUGACCCUGGCCCUGAAGGAAAACAGUCGCCUACAGAAGGAGAUUGUGGAAGUGGCAGAAAAGCUUUCAGAUUCGGAGAGGCUGGCCCUAAAGCUGCAGAAGGACCUAGAGUUUGUGCUGAAGGACAAGCUGGAGCCACAGAGUGCCGAGCUCCUGGCCCAGGAGGAGCGGUUCGCAGCAGUCCUGAAGGAAUACGAGCUCAAGUGCCGGGACCUGCAGGACCGCAAUGAUGAGCUGCAAGCUGAGCUGGAAGGCCUAUGGGCGCGGCUGCCCAAGAACCAGCACAGCCCCUCAUGGAGCCCGGGUGGGUGCAGACGGCAGCUCUCUGGACUCGGCCCAGCAGGCAUUUCAUUCCUGGGUAAUUCUGUUCCAGUGAGUAUAGAAGUGGAGCUGAUGAUGGAGCAGGUGAAGGAGCAUUACCAAGACCUCAGGACCCAGCUGGAGACCAAGGUAAAUUACUACGAAAGGGAAAUUGCGGCACUGAAAAGGAACUUUGAGAAGGAGAGGAAGGACAUGGAGCAGGCUCACAGGCGUGAGGUCAGCGUGCUGGAGGGUCAGAAGGCUGACCUGGAGGAGCGCCACGAGAAGUCUCAGGAGGUCAUCUGGGGCCUGCAGGAGCAGCUGCAGGACACAGCCCACGGCCCCGAGCCUGAGUGGAUGGGCCUGGCGCCCUGCUGCACCCAGGCACUGUGUGGCCUGGCCCUGCAGCAUCAGAGCCACCUGCGGCAGAUCAGGAGAAAGGCCGAGGCAGAGCUGAGCGGAGAGCUGUUGGGGCUGAGAGCCCUGCCCGCUCGCAGAGACCUGACGUUGGAGCUGGAGGAGCCGCUGCAGGGACCCCUGCCACACGGGAGCCGGAGGUCGGAGCAGCUGAACUUGGAGAGUGCACUGAAGCUGCAGCCGUGUGCGAGAGAGAAGGGCGCCCAGAUGUGCGCAUCGUUGGCCCUCGAGGAGGAGGAGUUGGAGCUUGCCGGUGGGAAGCGAGUGGACGGGCUCUCCCAGGAAGCAGAGAUGCUGGGGGCCCUGCCAAAAGAAGGGCUGGUGGCAGGAAGUGGCCAGGAGGGGGCACGUGGCCUCCUGCCACUGAGCCCAUGCUAUGGGGAGCGGCCACUGGCCUGGCUGGCCCCAGGCGAUGGCGGAGAGUCCAAGGAGGCGGCAGGAGCCGGGUCUCGCUGCAGGCAAGCCCAGGACACAGAAGCCACGAAGAGCCCGGACCCCAUCCCUGCCCCGGCAUCCCACGGGCCUUCAGAGAGGUGGUCACACGUACAGCCCUGUGGGGUGGAUUGGGGGACUGUCCCAGAGGAGCCAGAGCUUUUCGGUGUGCCCGCGGGGCUGGAGCAGCCUGGAUCCCGGGAGCUGCCUCUGCUGGGAACAGAGGGGGACGCCUUGCAAACCCAGCCACGGAUGUGGGAGUCACCCCUGAGCCCGGCCGCUUCGUGCAGGGGACAGGCUGAGAGGCCACAGGCCAUUCAGGAAGAGCGAGGGCGAAGCUGGAGCAGGGGCACCCAGGGACAGGCCUCGGAGGAGCAGGCCCGGGCCGAGGGCGCCCUGGAGUCUGCGUGCCAGGAGCACAGCGUGGAGGUCGCCAGGAGAGGGUCCUUGCCAUCCCACCUACAGCUUGCGGACCCACGGGGUUCCGGGCAGGAGCAGCUUGCCGCCCCAGAAGAGGGAGAGACCAAAAUAGCGCUGGAGAGAGAGAAGGAUGACAUGGAAACCAAACUUCUACAUCUGGAAGACGUCCGGGCUCUGGAGAAACAUGUAGAUUUGAGAGAGAAUGACAGACUGGAGUUCCAUAGACUUUCCGAAGAAAACGCUUUGUUGAAAAACGACCUGGGAAGGGUUCGGCAAGAGCUUGAAGCUGCAGAAAGCACUCACAAUGCACAGAGGAAGGAAAUUGAGGUUUUAAAGAAAGACAAGGAAAAGGCCUGCUCUGAGAUGGAGGUGCUCAACAGACAGAAUCAGAACUACAAGGAUCAAUUAUCCCAGCUCAAUGACAGGGUUCUUCAACUGGGACAGGAGGCUUCUACCCACCAGGCCCAAAGUGAGGAGCAUCGUGUGACCAUUCAGCUGUUAACACAGAGCCUGGAGGAGGUGGCGUGCAGCGGGCAGCAGCAGAGUGACCAAAUCCAAAAACUUAAAGUUGAACUUGAAUGCCUGAAUCAGGAAUAUCAGAGCCUGCAACGGUCACAGUCAGAGCUGACCCAGACCCUUGAAGAAAGUCAAGGCCAGGUGCAAGGAGCUCACCUGAGGCUGAGGCAGGCCCAGGCCCAGCACUCGCAGGAGGUCCAGCAGCUGCAGGAGCAGAUGAGCCGGCUGGUGCCCCAGGACCGUGUGGCUGAGCUGCAGCGCCUGCUCAACCUUCAGGGAGAGCAGGCCGGGAGGCGCCUGGAUGCACAGCGGGAAGAACAUGAGAAACAGCUGAAAGCCACAGAAGAGCGGGUAGAAGAGGUGGAGAUGAUUCUGAAGAAUAUGGAAAUGCUCCUCCAAGAGAAAGUGGAUGAGCUGAAGGAGCAGUUUGAAAAGAACAGGAAGUCCGACCUGCUGCUGAAGGAGCUGUAUGUGGAGAAUGCCCACCUGGUGAGAGCACUUCAGGCCACCGAGGAGAAGCAGCGAGACGCCGAGAAACAAAGCCGCAUCUUGGAAGAAAAAGUUCGCGCUCUCAACAAACUCAUCAGUAGGAUUGCCCCUGCAGCCCUCUCUGUGUAAAGACGGAUUGUUUUCCAGGAUUCAUUCGAAAGCACAUCUUUUAAAUUAAGCCACUGUGAUGCCUUAGUUUUCCGUGGGUCAUGAGCAUGAGUCCUGGGACAUCUGAGGAUUGGGAUUCUUUGUUUACCCCCCAGACAGUUAAUGCCCUGCCCUGGGCAAGAUCGGGUUCGGCGGCUGGGGGAAUAUGCAUGUUGCAAAAGCCUGUGUUUUUAUUAGCGGUCCUGAAUAAUUUUCCUUGGCAAAAUUCCGUUUUGCCACUUGUUGGAGGCAGAUUCUGGGAGCUGUCAGCAAGGAGCAGCUAAGUGAGUAGUUAAGGACAGCACUUUCCAUGUGCUACUUCUGACCCGGCUGUCGAUUGAAAUGUAAAAUCAGGCCGGGUGCGGUGGCUCAAGCCUGUAAUCCCAGCACUUUGGGAGGCCGAGAU